CGUCAGCUGACCGCGGGUCACGUGACCCAGCGGCGGGUGAGCGGGCGGCGGCGCCGGGGAUGGAGCAGUGACGCAUCUUGCCUUUAUCCUCAGAAUCAACAAACAUCAAGAUAAGGGCACAAAAAUGACAGAGUUUUGGCUGAUUUCUGCUCCUGGGGAAAAAACCUGUCAACAGACAUGGGAGAAGCUACAUGCAGCAACUACAAAACAUAACAAUCUUUCUACUAAUUCAAAGUUCAAUAUUCCGGACUUGAAGGUUGGCACACUGGAUGUUUUGGUUGGUUUGUCAGAUGAGCUGGCUAAACUGGAUGCGUUUGUGGAGAGUGUUGUAAAGAAGGUGGCCCAAUAUAUGGCUGAUGUUCUAGAAGACAGUAAAGAUAAAGUUCAGGAGAAUCUUCUGGCUAAUGGAGUUGACUUGGUCACCUAUAUAACAAGGUUCCAAUGGGAUAUGGCCAAAUACCCAAUCAAGCAAUCCUUGAAGAAUAUUUCAGAAAUUAUUGCAAAGGGAGUAAACCAGAUUGACAAUGAUCUAAAAGCAAGAGCCUCAGCAUACAAUAAUCUGAAAGGGAAUCUUCAGAAUUUGGAAAGAAAGAAUGCGGGAAGCUUGCUAACCAGAAGUCUUGCUGAUAUUGUAAAGAAAGAGGACUUUGUACUUGAUUCAGAAUAUUUGGUCACAUUAUUAGUGAUUGUGCCGAAGUUAAAUUACAAUGACUGGGUUAAGCAGUAUGAAACACUAGCAGAGAUGGUUGUACCACGUUCCAGCAAUGUACUCUUUGAGGACCAAGACAGCUAUCUUUGUAAUGUCACCUUGUUCAGGAAGGCAGUGGAUGACUUCAAGCACAAAGCCAGAGAAUAUAAAUUUAUGGUCCGUGACUUCCAGUACAAUGAAGAAGAGAUGAAAGCUGAUAAAGAAGAAAUGAAUAGACUGUCAACUGACAAGAAGAAACAGUUUGGGCCUCUGGUUCGGUGGCUGAAAGUUAAUUUCAGUGAAGCUUUUAUUGCAUGGAUUCAUGUGAAAGCGUUACGUGUUUUUGUUGAAUCUGUUUUAAGGUAUGGUUUGCCAGUUAACUUCCAGGCAAUGCUUCUUCAGCCUAAUAAGAAAACAAUGAAGAAACUGAGGGAAGUUCUGUAUGACUUAUACAAACAUCUUGACAGCAGUGCAGCAGCUAUCAUUGAUGCAACUAUGGAUAUUCCAGGUUUAAACCUCAGCCAACAGGAGUACUACCCAUAUGUGUACUACAAGAUCGAUUGUAAUUUGCUGGAAUUCAAGUAAAAGUUCCCUAACAUGACAAUCUUCUCAGUGUUGGUGUAAACAAACAGAAGUGAGGUUGAAGUAUAAUAAUACUUUUAACAUUCUACUAAUCAUAUGCUUGCUUCUUAUGUUAGGUGAAUUGAACACACCGUGGUCCAUCUCUAGACAUUUUAUUUUUAAAGAACAGUGUAGGUAACCAGCUUUUAAUCGACUAUGUCUGUAAAUGUAUAUUGAGAGAAUUGAAGUAUUUAUAAACAGAGUGAUUUAUUUAAGGAAAAGCUUAUCCCUCUUUCAUAUGGUGGUCUGUGUUAAUUCCAUUUACUGUUGUUUAUAAAAAAACUUGUUUACAGAAGACUAGUGUAAAUGUUCAUGGCCAUUUUGUUCACUUGAUUUAGUAGAUAAAACUGUGUUAACAUUGUUGAACUGUGAUGUAAAGUAUGUAAAAUUGGUAUGAAAUCGUGCUUUCUGAAUGGUUUAAAAUUACAAUUGAUGCACUGUAAACACAGGGAAAAUAAACAUACCUGUGCAAAUGUGUCACUUUCUUGUACCACGUAAAAUUGCUGAUACUUGUGUCUAAACUGAAGCAAUGUGUUAGGUCUUUAAUAGUGCUGCAUCCUGCAUGCACUGGUACAGAAAUGCAACUCACUUCAGCCCAAGUACUUUUAAGGGAGGCAAGAAUUAAUUUUGCUUUGUGCAGAAAGGCUCAGGUAUGUUGUUUGGCCACCACACAAAUGUAUGAAUGUUUUUCAUGUUUAUAUCUUUGUGACUAAAGAAAAGAUGUGAGACAAUUCUUGGGAAGAUGAUGGCAAGCUGGGAUAAUAACAAGCUAGGCUGAGCUGGGAUUUUGACAAUUCUUUGUUCUUUUCAGUCAGCUGAAGCUUGACUAUUUUAUGGCUCUGAAUGCUGUGCUAUUAGAUGUUCACUUUUUUUUUGCAGCAUCUGUUCUACCACACAGGGAAUAUGGUGGCUUCUUUUUAAUGUAGAUAGGGAGGAAUUGUUUAUUUCAGUAGCAGCUAUUACAAUUAUUCUGAGUAGCUAAAUAUGCAGUAAAUGAUGCAGUACUGUUUAAAACUGAUUUGAAUCAAGAGGGACACUGGAGGAGUGCUGAUUUGUCAGAAUUAGUAUUUGAAGUACUGUAACCACUGUAUUCUUUUCUCAUUUAGUCCCUAACUGAAAAUAUCAGUGCUAUGGCUCCAAGUAGUGUAGAGUUUUGGGAUCAGCUGUGGGAUCUGUAAUCAUAACCCAGCAGCACCUUUGAGGAAUUGGCUAACUUUGUAAGCCUGCAUUUUGAGUGCAACAGUUGCUACUAAUUUUGAUGGGGUUUGAUGCUUGUGAAAAUAUUUGCUGUGUAAAUUUAUAUUUGCUUUUCUUCCUAUUUUUAUAGACAAAAAGUGAAAUAGUGAGAUCAGGUGUCAUGUUGUGGUCACAUUUCUGUUUCUCCCACUUCUCAUUUCCUUACAGAAAAUAACAGCUGUUUACUCUGUUGUCCAGGUUAUUAAAGUGUGCCCAAGUGGAAGAGGUUCUCUUUUGUCACCCAGCUCUGCCUCUUGCACUGGCUUUUGUUACUGCUACACACAAAGGUCAUUCUCUCGGUUCUGAGCCCACUAUAAUACACACACUGCUUAAAGGUAAAGAGGGUUUGUUUGUCCUGUCUCUCUAACCACAGGAGGAAUCAGGCUAAACUGUUGUCUCUGUUCUUCACCUUAGUUCUCUUUUAAUUUUGUUUUCAAGGCUGUUCUACAAACAAGUGCGGGUAAGGGCUUAGGUUUCCAGUAAGUACUGUAUGAAAUGCUUUGCUGCAUAUUUCACCCUGUUCAAAAUACUGGUGCCUGCUCAAUCAGCCUCAGAUCCUUCUGAAAUCAAUGGAAGCAAAGGGCAGGUGGACGAUAGAGUGACACCACCAUCCAAAGUGAGUGUAGCAGUCAAUAUGCUGAAAAACAGAGAGAUGUGGAAAUGCUGGAGAAAUGGGCUGACAGGCACUGCAUGGAGUUCAGCAAAGAGAAUUGCCAAGUCCAGUGCUGUGGGACAAAUAAGUCUUAUGCCCCAGUCUGGGCUGGGUGUGGACUAGCCAGAAAGCAACACAGCAAAGAAGAAGCUAGGAUUGCUCGUAGGAAACUUGUGCUUGUGCCCAGCCAUCUCCUGGGAUGGCUGUUAGCAAGAGGGUAACCAUCCUUCCCCAGUUGUAAAGUCAUGUGUGGGCUCUAUAAUGCAAGAAAAUGGAGUACCACAAUGGAGAAAGUCCCGUGGAAGCUACCCAUGCUUUUCAGGGAGGUGCAGCAUGUGGCACUGUGACUGGGAGAAUAGUGUCUCUCCAUGCUGGGGAAGAGAUGGGAAAAGCAAGGAGCAGAUUUUACUGAUAUUUACAACUGCCUGAAUAGAGGAUACAGAGAAGAUGGAGCCUUCUGAUGUGCCUGAGCACUUCUCAGGUAUGUGGCAAUAAGUAGAGGCAAAGAAUGCAAGUUUGAAUGUGGGAAAUUCUCGCUGGAUGCUGUGGGGGGUUGACCUUGGCUAGUGGCCAGUAACCCACCAGCUGCUGUCUCACUUUUCCUGCUUGAUGGGACAGGGGACAAAACAAGGUGAUAAAGCUUCUGAGCUGAGAUAAAGACAGAGAUUGCUUACCAGUUACUGUCACAGGAAAAACAGACUGGUCUUGGGGAAGAUGGGAAAGUUGAAGUUGCAGAAGUUUAUUGACAGUUCAAGAAGAUUUGGUUUGUGAGAUGCAGACAAAAGUAAAACACCUUAUCCUUUUUUUUUUUCCCUGAGGCUCAGCUUAACUCCUUUACUCCUAACCUCUAUCCUUCUUCCAGCAGCUUAGAAGGAUGGGGAAUAGAGGUUGUGGUCAUAUGUUCAUAAUGAUUGCUCUCUGCUUUACCUUCCUCCUCACAUGCUUCCCCUGCUUCAGCAUUGUUCCUUCCACAGGCUGCAGUCCUUCAGAGUAAACCUAGUCUAGCACAGGUCCUCUCUGAGUCAUGUUUCCUUCAGGGCUUGUCCACCUGGUCUAAUUUGUGUCCUCCAGAGUCUACAGUGUGGAUAUGUGCUCUGGCACACGCUUCUAAUUGGGCUGCAGGACAAUUCCUGCUCCAUAGUGGACCCCUCUGUGGGCUACAGGGAAGCCCACAUAACCUCCAGUGCAUUUCCUUUCAAUGAUGUAUCUAGUCUGGCAUUACCUGUGGCUGAGUAGAUUCAAAAUUGCUGUUUAAAAGCAGGGAAAAUUGCAGAGUAUUAAAUAUUAGUAAUCAGCCUGGAAUAGCUGAUGUAUGGAUAUUAUUGGACCUUUCUAGUGCUAAAGAGAGAUAUUUUGGAUACAGGAGCUGGGAGUCAGUCUCUGUGAGAUUUGGUUUAUAGGGAAAAGCUAGAAGCCCACAAAUCCACAUCAUUUUACAGUUUGUUUUAUUUCUGUGGUUCUUCAAAGAUUUCUGGCAAAUGAAACAAGGUUAAAACUGUGUAGAAAUGGAAAUUUUUCAUUUUGUUUCCAAGGAGCAUGCCAAGUGAUUGGGUUAGAGAGUAAUUUGUAGAAGAAAUAAAAAACGUAGUAUACUCUGGAAUGUGUGGAGU